AUGCAACAACAACAACAAGGGUAUGGCCAUCCACAACAACAAGUUUAUGCCCAACCACCUCCACAAGGUUAUGGAUAUCCUCCACAACAACACCCACAACAACAUGGAUAUGCCUAUCCACCACAACAACACUCUCAACCCCAACAACCGGCCCUAGUACAAUUAGUAACAAGAGAAUGUUACUUCUGUGAUGGAAAGGGUGAGAAGGCAUGCUUCCACUGUAGUGGAUCAGGUCGUGCAAAGUUCACUAAUCACAAAUGUGGCAUCUGUAGAGGAUCUGGAAAAGAUGAAUGUUUCCAUUGCAAGGGUACUGGUAUGCAGACUUAUGAUCCAAAUGCAAAGUGUUGUACUAUUCUGUAG